AUUGCAUGUGCCCAUAGUAUCCCUCUGAUCAUCUAUAACACGUUCGGCAUGGGGAUUUACCUGAUGCAACCAAUCGAACACGGUGCAGACAUUUCUGCAAUCUCCGAACGGAUCACAGUACACAGCGCGAUGAAGUGGAUUGGUGGACACGGCACCAACGUCGCCGGCGUUGUCAUUGACUCCACUGCGUUUGCUCUUUCACCGUAA